AUGAAAAAUGACAAAAAUUUGAACCUUUAUGAAAUCUUAGGAAUUGAUAAAAAUGCAAGCAUAAAAGAAAUAGCAAGAGCGUACAGAAUAUUAGCCCUAACAUAUCACCCAGACAAAUUUGCGUCCAACAAAGGGAAAGUACGUAAUGGGGAUGCAGAAAAGAAAGAAGAAAAGUUAGGCGAGGAUGAGAAAGGAAAGGAGACUGAUGAACCUUUAAGUUUGGAAAAAUGCAAAGAAAUGUUUUUGCAAAUUCAAAAGGCAUAUGAAAUAUUAAGAGAUCCUGAAAGAAGAAAAAACUAUGAUGAGUUUGGUCUCGAAGAUGAUGAAUUUAGCGAAUUUAAAAAUUAUUUAGAUCCUAAAUUAUUUCAUUCAAGAAUUAAAGUAGAAGACAUAUUAAAUUAUGAGAAGAAAUAUAAAAAUAGCCAAGAUGAAAAAGAAGAUUUAAUUCAAUUUUACAACAAAUUCAAUGGUAACCUUACUCAUAUUUUAGAAUAUAUACCGUUUAGUGAAGAAUCGGAUCUGGAAAGGUAUAUCAGUAUGUUUGAGAAAUUAUUUAAAUUGAAAGAAGUUAAGAAAACAUCUGAUUAUGACAAAUCAUUAAAAAACAUCAAUAACAUCAUUAAGAAAUAUAAGAGUAUAGUAAAAAAGGAUUCCAAAAUAAGUAAGAAACGAAAAAGCGAACCACCACCUAUUGACGAUUUAGUUUUGGCUAUUCGAAAUAAUGAAGCAAAAAGGACGUUAAAAAUUAAUUCUUUAUUAUCUAGCAUCGAAAUGGAAUAUGCCAAAAAAAACCCAAAGAAGAGAAAAGUCAAACCUCCAACUGAGGAAGAGUUAAAUGAAAUUAGCAAGAGACUCGAAGAAAGUAAAAAAAAAAAUGUAGCAUUGAAAAAGUUAAAUAAAUUAUGA